AGCUAUCCUGGUUACCAACCAACACUACACAGUACUGGACACAUGAGAAAACAGAUCAAAACUCGUAAAUUACUGAUAAAAUGACUCAUGCAAUACGUCUGUGCAGCGAAGUAAUAAUGAAACUCAACAGAGAUUUCAAUGAUCACUCUGAGGAAUCCUUGUCCCUCUCUAAAAUCUCGGUUCGGAUUAUAUGAACAGCAUCAUCCGCAGGCACACAAUGGAUAACGAGGAGAGUCCGAUGUGCCAAGGAGGGAAACUUGCCUCUGCUGUAGAUGACACUCUGGAUGAAUAUUUAAUCGCCCUCCAGCACAAAAACAGGAUCCUAAAGCGCCUUAAAGUCAAAGACCCCAGGGAGAUUGAGUUGGAACAGCUUGAACAAGGUUUUUCUAUUUAUCUAAAUGGAGCCAAUGCUGAAGCCAGUAGGAAGCAGCCCAAGAGCUCCAACCACACGUCUGUGUCCUCCUCUCAUGCCAGAAGGCCUGCACGUACAGCAGAUGUCUGUAGAAGCGCCCACCAGCUAACUGAAGACAGCCGUAAUCUGGAGCAGACCAACAGGAAGAGGAGCCACACUGCCCCAGGAAAGGUUCAGAGGAAAGAAUGGGUGCAGGAUUCUGUCAGGAUUCGAACAGAGGAAGGACCAAGUUUGAAAAUCUUCCCAGAAAAGGACUACUUGGAGGAUUUUGAGCCCUAUGAAAGCGUAGACAUGGAGAGCUCCAGUCCACGCUCGCCUCAUAGUCCCUGCUCCCCGAGGGACUCCACCAAGGUGUCACGCUCCUUCAGCUCCCGGCAGGAGAUCCAAGGAAGCCAAGCUAACCAGGAGCACAAUGAGAAGGUGCUACUCAACCUUGAGGAAGUGAAGGUUCUGCGCAGGAGCCUUGAGGUCAGUAUGCGGCGAAGCAACCGCGGCUCAGCGGGGGAGGAGUCAGACGAAGAGUGGGUGGAGGAGCACAUUGAGAGGGAGGAGAGCACUGAGAGUCUGGACGAACUGGGGCUGCCUCUCUCGUCCUCCAAGUCCUCCUCCAGCCCUCGACCCAGCGCCUCCCAUGGCCAUCUCGACUCAGCAAACCUCAUUGUCCUGGACUUUGGGCCCACACCUAAAGGUCGUAAACUUGAACGCUCUCUGUCGGCAAAAAGGAAAGAAAGCAUUGACAGUUUUAUACCCAUCAAGCCUAUGAUGGUGAAGAGCAAGACCCUAGAUAGGCCACCUUCCACAGACACCUGGGACAAUCAGAGGUCAUGGAGUCUGGUGGAGAGGCCCCUGUCAGCUGCCAAAAAGGCUUCCAUGGAGGAUCAGGACCCAGAGGAGAUGGUGUGCAGGGUGCGCCAGGCUAUCCAGAGAGAGAACGAUCCGUUGCAGAGUUUCGACCUCUUCAGCCGCAACAUGGGCAGGGGACACCAGAUGAUGAAUGGCUUAGUGCGCCGCAACAGCCAUGACAAAGAUGAGAACAGUGUCACCAUGGCAAUGAACAGAAUAACACUCAUGGGACAGAGGCAACAACAGAAGCUGCUGAGAGCCUUGGAGAAACUUGAAGCAGGACCCAGCAGCAGCAUCGCUCAGAGUGUCAAAACAGACUCAAAGCAGCUGAUACGGCGUUCCUCUUCUGAAGUCACCCCUGCAUUGUAUGUUACCAUGGAGAUCUUGUCAAACUGGGGGAACGCUCUACAAGUCGGACUGACUGAGUUGCAGUUUUUCUGUCUCAGAAACAAGAAGCUUUACAUUUCACCUCACGACCUUGACAUCCGGAAUGCUGACUAUCCUGGAAAUCUGGGGGCACUUGUCAAUGGAAAGAUGAAGACCACCAAAGAGCGUCACAUGUGGACGUGUCUGUUCCACCCCCCUAUCCAGCUCUAUUUCAUCAUCAGGAACACAGAGCGCUGCCUUGACUUUGGGAUAUCGCGCAUCAAAAUUUGGAACUACAACAGAAACCUGAAUGAUCUUGACAUUGGUGCACGGCACAUAAAGCUGUAUCUAAACAGCACCUUAGUGUUUGAAGGCGAGCUGGAGAAGGGCUGUGGCAACCAAGUCUUUGACUACAGCACCACCAUAGACCUGAAAGAUUUCCAGGUUUCAGACUCUGUGUUUUCCAGUCCUGUAUCUUCAGGACACAGUUUACGGGGUGCCAGCCCCCAGCGCCAUGAGGACAGGAGGGGUGGGGAGGGCAACAGCACCCAAAGACACCCAAGUUCAAAUAGGAAGCCAUCAGAUGCAGCAAUUCAGGCUAUGAUAGGCAUGGACAUGCAGGAGAAAUCACACACGCCUCUACCACCAAUCACUCCCUUAUCCUCUGCUCGCUCACAUAGAAACUCUUUUGACCUGUCCAAGGAGCCCCUCUCCCCCCUCAGGCAGCAGAUGGAACAGCCUGCACCUAUGGAGCAGACCGUCACCACCCAGCCAUCCUCAACACGGGUGGCCCCUCAGUGGCUGCAGCCCCUUAACAGAGGAGCUCCUGAGGGUUGUGAGGCCAGCAGGGAGAGGCCCCGGUGGCUGGUACCCCAACACUCUGCAGAGCCCAAAUCUCCAACACCGUCGUCCUCUUCAAUGCUCCCGGAGCUGCCGUGCAACCCGGCGCGAGUGUGCAGGGGGGCAGAGAGGACAACAAACGGGGCUCAGUGGAAGGGGAACUCUCUGGACCUGAGCUGCGACCCGCUGGAAGACCUUGGAGAUCAAAAGCCUGAGAGGCCAGUCAGCGGACGCAGGAGCUCAUUUCGAAACACAGCAGCCAGUGCCAGGCUGACAGAGGAGCAGCAGCUUCGAGCUACUGGACUGACAAACCCAGAGGAGCCGAUGUCUCUAGUAAGCACUUGCAGGAGACAGAACACUGCUCGCUCUCAGCUGCACAGCCAACAGGAUGACUCCCUCAUGGAGUCCUGGGACUCUCUCACUAAGUUCAACCAAUGCCAGCGGGGACGCAUCUCCAACAUGGGCUUCGAAGGUGAUAUCUUUGACGAGUUCCUCCAGCGCCAGGGACGUGGUCCACCUACAGUCCCAUUAAACGCCUCCACAGCUCCCAGGAGCCCUCUUUCCUCUUUGAUGAAUCAGGGGGCCCUGUGUGAAAACCCUGAGGAUGAUCCAUCCAUGGAACGGGAGGAUGAGUUUGAGAUCCCUGUGCUGCCCCAGGGCCAAAGGCUGGUCAUCAACAUCUUCUCCACCUGGGGCGACCGCCACUAUGUCGGCCUCAAUGGGCUCGAAGUGUUCAGUUCCAGCGGGGAGCCUCUGCAGACUGCUCACAUCAGCGCUGACCCUCCAGACAUCAACAUCCUCCCUGCAUACGGCAAAGACCCCCGUGUGGUCACCAACUUGAUCAAUGGUGUGAACCGUACCCAGGAUGACAUGCACCUUUGGCUCGCACCGUUCACCCCUGGUCGAAACCACACCAUCUUCCUGGACUUCGGAGCUCCACACCAGGUGGCCAUGAUCCGAGUGUGGAACUACAACAAGUCACGCAUUCACUCCUUUAGGGGGGUGAAGGAGGUGGAAAUGCUGCUCGAUGGACGAUGUAUCUUCAGGGGAGAGAUCGCCAAGGCCUCUGGGACUCUGUCUGGAGGGCUGGACCAGUUUGGUGACACCAUCCUGUUCACCACGGAUGAUGACAUCCUGGAGGCCAUGUCUCGUUAUGAUGAAACCUUCCUCAGUGAAGGAGAGGGUCCUGAGGGCUUGGUGCAUGAGGAGGAGCUGCAGAGACCACGCACAGCUGACGGAGAGGGGGAGGAAAGACCUUUCACGCAGGCGGGUUUCAGAGAGGAAGACCUGCAACUGAAACUCCACCUCAACCCCUCUUUGAGCCAGUCUGAGGAAAACAUGGACCAUACUCCUGGGAUGUACACGGGAAAGUGCCUUAGACUAGAACUGGUGUUGACUUGGGGGGACUCUCACUACAUGGGCCUGACAGGCCUGGAGGUGGUGGGGAAGGAUGGAGAGAGCUUGCCUUUAGAUCUCAGUAUGAUGGCUGCCUCACCCAGGGACCUCAACGACCUGCCUGAUUAUGGACAUGACCUGAGAACACUUGAUAAACUUGUAGAUGGCCACAAUAUAACCACGGAUGACCAGCACAUGUGGCUGAUCCCUUUCUCCUAUGGAGAGCCCCACAUCCUAAACAUGAUGUUCAACAAGACCCAGACUAUCGCUGGACUCCGUAUCUGGAACUACAACAAAUCCCCUGAGGACUCUUACAGAGGGGUGAAGGUGGUCCACCUUUUCAUGGAUGACGUCCCCAUCUCCCCAGCCGAGGGCUUCCUGAUCAGGAAGGGACCAGGCAAUUGUCACUUUGACUUCGCUCAGGAGAUCCUCUUUCUAGAUUUCCUCCAGAAACCCUCCGACGACAAGGGGGCAGAGGACUAUCACAAAGGAGGCUCUAAGAAACAGGAGCAAGCCAGCAUGGACUACGAAGCUCCCAUCAUGCCUUGCGGAUUCAUUUUUCAGCUGCAGCUGUUAACGUCAUGGGGAGAUCCGUACUACAUCGGCCUCAACGGCCUUGAAUUUUAUGACCAACACCACGUGAAGAUCAGUCUCAGUGACAACAACAUCGCUGCGUUUCCAGACAGCGUGAAUGUGCUGGACAAUGUGAGCGGUGACGUGAGGACUCCAGAUAAAUUAAUAGAUGGGGUCAACAGCACCUAUGAUGGAAGGCAUAUGUGGUUAGCCCCAGUUCUUCCUGGACUGGUGAACCGUGUGUACGUCAUCUUUGAUCAGCCAGUUACAGUGUCCAUGAUCAAAUUAUGGAACUACUCAAAGACACCUCAAAGAGGAGUGAAGGAGUUUGGGCUGCUGGUAGAUGACCUCUUGGUGUAUAACGGUAUCCUGGACAGUGUGAGCCAUGUUGCGAGAGGAAUUCUACCCACCUGUGAUCCAGUGGUGCCAUAUCACACCAUCCUGUUCACUGACAAUGCUUACAUUGCACACAGGGAGAGGAACACUGUCAUCAGUAACUACGUGGAGGACCAGGAUGUAAAGAUGACCAAUGAGAAUCAGAUUGUCCAUCAUAACAAGAAGAAGCAGACAGCAGAUCCAGCUCUUCGGCCUAAAACCUGCAUGACUGAUGGUGGGAAACAUGGAAAAAGGAGGUACUAAAAGACAGAAACAUAAAGAAAGGAACUAUGACUGACCUUCUUGGCCUGCUUUUUGGUGGAUGAUGAGAAAACCUACCAGAAUUGAUCCAUAAUGGCAAAUUGUGGUCCUCCAAAGAGGAGGACAGGGCUCUCACAGAUAAGACUGGGCUUGCACACACACUCCUCUUUCACUUGCAAUGAAAUCACACCCACUCAGAUAUGUCAAUAAGUGGGAAUAUGUACUGUAUGAUUGCACCCAGUUGCUCCUCCCACAGUGCCAGGAUAGACCUGUGAGGCUGCUUUUAAUCAGCCUCAUUAUUGUGCCUAGUACUUCACACUAUAUCUGUGGCUGCUACUUGUGAAUUUGUGCUGCAUAUUUAAUGCUGCUUGUGACGUGCAAAUACUAAGACAAAAAGCUGUAAGGCCACAUAAUAACACUGUCACAUCUGGAUGUGACCUGAGCUACAUUUAUAUAAUGAAUUUAAUCCACUGAUGAGCCUAGAGGGUCCGCUCUAUGCCUAACUGGUAUGAUAACUAACUCACACACAGCCAGUGCACAAACAACCAAUACACAAUGCUAUGCAGACUCCGAUAUUAAUCACUAAUAUAUGUGUAUGGUUUUCAUCUUUAAGAGAUUUAUAUCAAUGGCUAAAGUAGUACUCUAAUAGUUCAAAGAAAAUCAGAACAUGAGUCAUUUUUUGUAUAUUUCAACUUGAACUAUAAAAGUAAAGGUUCUAACCACACACCGAAUUCUUACACUUAUAUUUGGCUUCAUGAGAUUAGGUCGGCAUUCAUUUUUUCUGCUCUUUAGCUUUUAAAAUCAAACUUGUUUGCAAUCCAAGUGACCUUUAUUGAAGUGCUAUAUAUAAGGUAGUUUUGGAGGCAAACACUUCUUGAACCAGUAAAAGCAGUUUCACUCUUUUGGCUGGGAAUAUAAAAAAAAUCCUGCUUUGAUGUUGAGUAAAUUCAGCAACAAGCGAACUUCUUAUAUGCAAAUACUAUAACCUUACCUCAAAUUAAGAAUGAUCUUUAAAAAGGGAUUUAUCUAGUUCUACCUUCACUAUAAUACUCUGUGUUAUAUAAUAUACUUGGUUCAAUAUCCCCUGUACUGACUUGUUGCAUGAAAGUUCCCUCAGAAGUAGCUGCUGUUAUUAUCCUUUAAUAUUUUGUUGGAGGAGUUUUUUACCGCUGCUUCGUUGAGCCCUGAUAUAAACUAUUUCAUACUCCUUACUUAUGAUGGGAGUUACAUGUAAAUAAAAUGCAGUUUUAUGUAUUUAAUUUCAGUGCGUCGCAUGGCAACAAUACUCAUCACCCUGGUGGUGGCUAUUUUUGUACGAGCGACAUGAAGUGUUUUGAAAUAUUUAAUUAUUUUUCUAAUCUUGAUUACAUAUGUAUAUUUGAUGUAGGUUAUUUGAAUGAAUAAAUUUAAAAAUGUA